AUCACUAUCCACAAUGGCAAACCCAGUUAUCUUACACUUAAGAGCCGAAACCAAGCCCGCAGAGGCCAGAGCAGCCUUGACUCCUACCACCACCAAGCAAUUGCUUGAUGCUGGCUUCCAGGUCUACGUCGAGGAAAGCUCGCAAUCUAUCUUUGACUCUGCCGAAUACGAAAAGGUCGGCGCCACCAUCGUCCCUGAAGGCUCGUGGCCAGAUGCUCCCAAGGACAGAAUCAUCUUUGGCUUGAAGGAAUUGCCUGAAAACGAGACCUUCCCAUUGGUUCACGAACACAUCCAGUUUGCUCAUUGCUACAAGGACCAAGGCGGAUGGCAGGAUGUCUUGAAGAGAUUCCCAGCCGGUAACGGUACCUUGUACGACUUGGAAUUCUUGGAAAACGACCAGGGCAGAAGAGUUGCUGCCUUUGGCUUCUAUGCCGGUUUUGCUGGUGCUGCCAUCGGUGUGGCCGACUGGGCUUUCAAGCAAACCCACCCGGACUCUGAGAACUUGCCUGGUGUCACUCCUUACCCUAACGAGGAGGCUUUGAUUGCCGAUAUCAAGAAGGACUUGGAGGUUGCUGUGCAAAAGAACGGUGGUAAGUACCCAACUGGUUUGGUUAUUGGUGCCUUGGGCAGAUGCGGUUCCGGUGCCGUCGACUUCUUCAAGAAGGUGGGUAUUCCAGACGAGAACAUCCAGAAGUGGGACAUGCAAGAAACCGCCAAGGGUGGUCCUUUCCAAGAAAUCGUCGACAGCGACAUUUUCAUCAAUUGUAUCUACUUGUCUCAACCAAUCCCUCCAUUCAUCAACUACGAGACUUUGAAUAGCGAAUCGAGAAAGUUGAGAACUAUCGUGGACGUUUCUGCUGACACCACCAACCCACACAACCCUAUCCCAGUGUAUGACAUUGCCACUGUUUUCAGUGACCCAACUGUCCCAGUCAAGACCACUGCUGGUCCAAAGUUGUCUGUGUGCUCGAUUGACCACUUGCCUUCCUUGUUGCCUAGAGAGGCCUCCGAGUUCUUCUCUCGUGACUUGAUUCCAUCCUUGUUGGACUUGCCAAACAGAGACUCUGCUCCAACCUGGGUCAGAGCCAAGCAAUUGUUCGACAAGCACGUCGCUAGAUUAAACUGAUUUCAUUUCACACUGUAUAUUAACUAAUGAACGUAAGAUAAGAGA